AUGUACUCUGCCCGCCACAGGCUCCGGCGUUCCUGGCCGAAUUUGCUCCAGAGUGAGCCUUCUGGCCGGGAUGUGUUUCAAUAUCGAUGCUCUCCUCGGCCUUUUAACCUCAAUGGCAAGGGGCUCGCACACACAGCGCCGCUUGCGGCUUCCCCCGGCCGGCGGGAGAAAGGCCAAGCGGGGAAGGGCGCUGGGCCCGGGGGAAGGCGAGGAAGGCAGCGGGGCAGCGGCCUGCCGGACAGCGGCACUCACGUCUCGGAGCCAUUGGACUGCUCUCGGGUGGCUGACAAGCUGCCGAGACCAAACCUCGUCUUGCUCAAGCUCUUGCUCUCUCUGCUCCACCACAUCAGCCAAAAUGCUGAGAGCAACAGGAUGGACUCCAGCAACCUGGCCAUCUGCAUUGGCCCAAAUCUGCUGAGCCCAGGCACGGACAGCACGCUCCCGCUGGAAGUGCAGAAGGAGAUGAACGACAAGGUGACAGUGCUGGUGGAGUUCCUCAUAAACAACUGCAUGGAAAUAUUUGAGGGGGACAUUGCCUUCCCUGCCUGUGCCUUGGCUGAGGAGUCACCAGAGCACACAGACAGCUCCACAGAGCUGAAUUCAGAAGAGCAGCAAGUGAGGUACGCACAGGGAGUGAGAAGGUGCUUUUCUGAAGAGAUAACCCUGUCCAUUUUUCACCCAAGAAGAAAGAAGAGUACAUGUGGACAUGCAAAUAGGAAAAGGAGAGGUGCAAAUUCCCCAGCCACUGUCAAAACAAGUCUCCUGUAUGAACAAAGCUUCUGA